GAUUGCGCUCUGGGCAGGCUUCGAGGCCACGCUCUUACCUUGUCGACUCGGCGAAGCUUCCUCUUACAGCUGGGCCACGCUGAUAAGCCUGGCGCCUGCAGCCCCGCCUCUAACCUUGCUUUCUCAUCCCCUGCUGCUGAGGCACGGUCACCGCCACGUCUUAGGGAGGACUUCGGGAAGCCUGAGGGGCUGCGAGGGAGAAGUUUUACCCGCCGAGGCGGUCUUCUCUCCGAAUUCUACCCGUUCUUCCAGGAGCCGGAUUCCCCCCGCUUAGUUGAUUGGGCAAGCUUUUCCGUCUUCGCCCUCCCAUUGGGAUUUCUCCCUGUCCUGAUAUCCCUCAUCGGGCGCUUUGUUUUGGUCGUUGUCUUCACACAUCAGUCUUAUCUCUUUGGCCAAAUUGGUGAAGGCCAUGCCGCCCCCCGGGAAGGUUCUUCGGAAGGAGAACCUAGGGCUACAGUGUGAGUGGGGGUCCUGCUCCUUUGUGUGCUCGGCCAUGGAGGAGUUCUGUGAGCACGUUUCUCAGCACCUGCAUAAGUACCUGCAUGGCUCCGUGGAGGAAGAGGAGGGGGAGGAGGAUCCACUGGAUGAGGAAUUCUCCUGCUUGUGGCAGGAGUGUGGCUUUUGUUCUCUGGACAAUUCUGCUGAUCUCAUCCGUCAUGUCUACUUCCACUGCUACCACACCAAGCUGAAACAGUGGGGGCUGCAGGCCCUGCAAAGCCAGGCGGACCUCAGCCCCUGCAUCCUGGACUUCCACAGCCGCAACAUCAUCCCUGACAUCCCUGACCACUUCCUGUGUCUGUGGGAGCACUGUGAGAGCUCCUUCGACAAUCCUGAGUGGUUCUAUCGGCAUGUGGAAGCGCACAGCCUGUGCUGUGAAUACAAAGCAGUCGGCAAGGACAACCACAUGGUGCUGUGUGGCUGGAAAGGCUGUACCUGCACCUUUAAGGACCACUGUAAGCUUCGUGAGCACCUCCGCAGCCAUACUCAGGAGAAGGUGGUGGCGUGCCCCACUUGUGGGGGCAUGUUUGCCAACAACACAAAGUUCUUAGAUCACAUCCGUCGCCAGACCUCAUUGGAGCAGCAACGCUUCCAGUGCUCUCACUGUUCCAAGAGAUUUGCUACUGAGAGGCUGUUGCGAGACCACAUGCGUAACCAUGUGAAUCACUAUAAGUGCCCUCUGUGUGAUAUGACCUGUCCGCUACCAUCCUCCCUCCGCAACCACAUGCGCUUUCGCCACAGCGAGGACCGGCCCUUUAAAUGUGACUGUUGUGACUACAGUUGCAAGAAUCUGAUUGACCUCCGGAAGCACCUGGAUACCCAUAGCAAGGAGCCAGCGCACAGGUGUGAUUUUGAGAACUGCAGCUUCAGUGCCCGAUCCCUCUGCUCUAUCAAGUCCCAUUACCGAAAAGUGCAUGAAGGUUACUCAGAGCCAAGGUACAAAUGUCAUGUGUGUGACAAAUGCUUCACAAGGGGCAACAACCUCACCGUGCACCUUCGCAAGAAGCACCAGUUCAAGUGGCCCUCAGGGCACCCCCGUUUUCGGUACAAGGAGCAUGAAGAUGGGUACAUGCGGCUGCAACUGGUUCGCUAUGAGAGUGUGGAGCUGACACAGCAAUUGCUGCGACAACCGCAGGAAGGAUCGGGCCUGGGAGCAUCACUGAAUGAGAGCAGCCUGCAGGGCAUCAUCCUAGAAACAGUGCCAGGGGAGCCAGGACCCCAAGAAGAGGCCAAAGAGGAAGAAGAGGGCAGGGUUGGUGAGGGAACAGCCCUCUCAGCCUCUCAGGACACCCCUAGUCCUGUCAUCCAUGUGAUGAAUCAGACCAAUGCCCAAGGCGAGCAAGAGGUUGUCUACUAUGUGCUGUCCGAAGCCCUGGGAGAGCAUCCCCCAGCCCCGGAGUCCCCCUCAGAGAGCAUCAUGGAAAAGCUUCAGGCAAUAGCUGAGGAGCCAGAAGUCCAGAUGGUGUGAAGGAUGCAGAGCUUCACCAUUCCUACCCCAGGUCCUGGGGUUUGAGCCAGGCUGCUGGCAGUGUCCCUGUGGGCAGCCCUUGCCAGUAGAUGCCUUUAGGAGUGGUGCUGAGAGCUGUGUGAUCCACUCUGGAUCCAGCUUGCAUCAUUCAGCAGACUCUAAGGACUUCCCUUUUCUGCUAGACCAUGUUUGUCAGGAUCCUGAGGAGUUUGGAUUCUUUAAGGAAGACACCCUGGUUAUGUGUGUUCUUAUAGAGGGAUCUGAUAUAGGCUUAACCAUAACCCCUAGCCAUGCUGGAGCAGUAAAUCCUGAAGUCAACUUGCAUCCAUUUCCAUCUUUAGGGUUUCUUAGCCUCGGGGAUGACUUAUUGAUCCCUGCAGGGGCCCUUUCAUCACAACCAGCCGAGGCAUUGUGAGCCAGGCAGCCAUUUCCCUCUAAAGGGUUCCUCCACCAACCCAAGGACUUCAUGUUAUCUUCAGGGCUGGGGCUUGAAGCACUGAGUAUGUGUGUAUAGUAGUUGUUUUGGCAAUAAAAGAAACACUUGGGCUGUUAA